AUGUCACCUAUUUCCGAGAAGGACAUAAUCAAUGACAGCGGUUUCAGUGCUUCAGGGAAAAUCAUUAGUAAAAGACGACUAUCACAAGCAACAACAGUGUCUUGGGCGGCUCCAGCGCUUACCCAGGAACAUGAUUUAGUUUUGAAGACUUUUCGCCUUUUGAUUGCCGACCUAUGCCAGCAAUUCAAGGGUGGCCACCCAGGUGGUGCCAUAGGCAUGGCAGCAAUAGGGGUUGCACUAUGGAAAUACGUCAUGAGUUAUGCUCCCUCCCACCUAGAGUUUUUCAAUCGCGAUCGAUUUGUGCUCUCAAAUGGCCAUACUUGCUUAUUCCAAUAUACCUUUUUACACCUGACGGGCUAUCGCGCCAUGACGAUAGAUCAGCUCAAGUCUUACCAUUCUUCGAGGGAAGAUGCAUUGUGCCCUGGCCAUCCGGAGAUUGAGCUUGAAGGCAUUGAAGUCACAACAGGACCUCUCGGUCAAGGGGUUGCGAAUGCGUUAGGCUUAGCUAUAGCCACGAAACAUCUAGCCUCUAAGUUCAAUCGACCAGGCUACGAGGUGGUCAAUAAUCACACCUGGUGUAUGGUGGGAGAUGCUUGCCUACAAGAAGGGGUUGCCCUAGAAGCUAUAUCAUUUGCCGGCCACCUAAAGCUAAACAAUCUCACUAUUAUCUAUGAUAACAAUCAAAUCACUUGUGAUGGGUCUGUCGACUUAACCAAUAGCGAGGACGUGAAUGCCAAAAUGCGUGCCUGCGGUUGGGACGUGAUUGAUGUCGAGGAUGGGUGUUUCGAUGUGGACGGUAUUGUAUCCGCUCUAACAAGGGCAAAACAUUCCUCAGAAAAACCAACAUUUAUCAAUGUCAGGACGAUUAUCGGCCUCGGCAGCGCUGUGGCCGGCGAUGCACUAUCUCAUGGAGCGGCUUUCGGCGACAAAGACGUGGCCGAUAUGAAACGUGCUUCUGGAUUCAAUCCCGAAGAAUCUUUUGCCAUUCCAGAAGCAGUACGCCAAUUCUUCGCCGAUUUGCGUCCUCGGGGCGAGGUCAUCGUGGCGAAAUGGGAGAAAACCUUGGAGUGCUAUGGAGUUGCACAUCCUGAGCUAGCAAUUGAUUUUCAAGCUCGACGGCGGGGCGAACUUAACUCUGACUGGGAAUCACUUAUGCCAACUAUAUUUCCAGAAACAGCUACCGCCACUCGGGUUGCUUCGGGUCUAGUCUUUAAUCCUAUUGCCCAAAAUAUCGAGAACUUUAUGGUCGGCACAGCUGAUCUCUCACCAUCGGUGAAUAUGAUUUGGAAAGGCAAGCAAGAUUUCCAGCCUGCAAGCCUGAAAACACAAUGCGGUAUUAAUGGAGACUAUGCCGGAAGAUAUAUUCACUACGGUAUUCGAGAACACGCCAUGGCAGCCAUCGCGAAUGGGAUAGCUGCGUUCUCACCCAACACAAUCAUUCCAGUUACCUCUUCCUUUUUUAUGUUCUAUCUCUACGCAGCUCCAGCUGUGCGCAUGGGGGCACUCCAAAAUCUCCACGUAAUUCAUGUUGCAACACAUGAUUCCAUCGGAAUGGGCGAGGAUGGGCCCACUCACCAGCCGAUUGAGCUCGCAGCGCUCUAUAGAGCCAUGCCGAAUCUCUACUAUAUUCGUCCAGGCGAUAGUGAAGAGACAGCCGGCGCAUGGGCUAUUGCAAUUGAGGCUAAGCAUAAUCCUACGAUUAUCUCAACUUCACGUCAUGCAGUGCGACAACUUGCCCCAAAGACCAGUCGUAGUGGGGUGAAACGAGGCGCAUAUGUGAUUGAAGAGGAUGAAAAUGCCGACUUGACCAUUAUUGGUGUUGGUGCAGAACUUGGGCUAGCAGUGGAUGUCGCAUCGGAGUUGCGGGAGAAGCGAAACAUUCGUGUACGUGUUGUGUCGUUCCCGAGUCACAGACUAUUCGAAAAACAAUCACCCCAGUAUAGGCGCGAUACACUACGUCGAAGCACAGGCAUACCUGCGGUGGUGAUCGAGCCUUAUGCCGCUCUCGGUUGGGAACGGUACGCCGACGCCGCAGUGUGCAUGAGCAUGGACCGUUUUGGACAGUCUCUUCCAGGUCCCCAUGCUUAUGCAUACUUUGGAUUCUCAAAGGACACAGUGGCGCUUAAGAUACAGCACUACUUACAACGGAGAAACGCAGGGGAUAUCUUUCCGAAUGAGUUUGUUGAGAUGACUAGAUAG